GACACCCUACUCUAUCCGGAUUUUACAUUCUCAUUUCGUGAAAUAAAAAACGGUGUGCAAUUAAAUCAAGUUGUUUGUAUUUUUAACCAAAAUGGCAUCAAAGAAGAAAUCUGUGUUAUUCAUUUGUUUGGGAAAUAUUUGUAGAUCUCCAAUUGCAGAGGCAGUAUUUCUACGUUUGCUCAACGAAAGAAGUCUGAAGGAUGAGUGGGAAGUUGAUAGUGCAGCCCUCGGAACAUGGCAUAUAGGUCAUGGACCUAACAACAGAACAAUGAAAACUUUAAAGAAAUUUGGUGUUACAGAUUAUAAACAUAAAGCCAGAGCUGUUACCAGAGAUGACUUCACAAGAUAUGAUGUAAUAUUUGGUAUGGAUGAUGCCAACAUGGAGGAACUUGAAGAAAGAAAGCCAACAAACUGUUCUGCCAAGUUAAAAAUGUUAGGAGAAUAUGAUCCUAAAGGAGAACGUAUUAUUAGGGAUCCGUAUUUUGAUGACGAGAGGGAUUUAGGAGGAUUUGAUACAGUUUAUGAACAGUGUGUACGAUGUUGUACAAAUUUCCUGGAUCAGUCUUAAGAUGCACAUUACCGUUGACAGACUAAAAGAACAUUUCCUGUGUUUGAAGAAUGAAACAUUGUCCCCCUAUAUAAGAUUUUUAAAUAUAAAAGAU